AUGUGUGUGAAUGAAAUGGAGGAACAUGAUCCAAACGAUGAAUUAUAUUCCAAACUUUAUGAAUAUAUAAAUCAGAUUGGGAAUGUUUCAUGUUAUGACGGAAAUAAUAAUUUUAAAAAUGAAGAAAAAAAAAAAAAAACAUAUACCAGUUUUCAGUUCAAUAUUGAUAAACUUUAUUGCCACGAUAGAGAAAGCAAAAAUGAAAUGGUGAAAUAUGAGGAUUUGUUUAUGGAAAUAGAAAACUAUUAUUUAUUUUAUAAACUUAAUAGAAAAUUUGAAGAGUAUAAAAAUAUUAAAGAAAUUGAAAUAAUAAAAAAUAAAAGGACAUCAAAUUCAGAAGAAAUAGUUAAAAAAAUUCAUGCCAUAUUAAACUACCAUCAGGCUAUAAAAGAUGAAUUGAAUAUACUAGUACAAAAUAAACAUUCUAUUUAUAAAACUUUUUAUUCUAUAUUUUUAAAUUAUUAUGAUAAAUAUUCUCAAAUAAAACAAAUUAAAUUAAAUAAAAACAAAAUAAUACAUCAUUUAAGACAUUACACAAAUGCCGAGCGAUUUGAAGCUAUUAUAAAUAAUAUAGAAACUAAUGGAUAUCAAUAUUUUAUAGAUAUAUUUAACAGAUUACAAUUUGAUGAUGAUCAAACUAGUAACAAUUCAAUCAGUACUGAUACUACUAUUUCCAGUUCAGAUAAUAGUUAUAUUAGUGAAAUUGAACAAGUCGAUAAAGCUGAUAAAUAUAGCAUAUAUAAUAGUAGCCCAUAUGAUGGAGUUAGCGAGCUUUUGCAAAACACCGAAUGGGACGUAGAUCAAUAUGACCUGUCUAGUGAUAUAGAAAUUGAAGAUAAAGAAGGAAAUGAAUUUGACGGGAAUAGAGAAGAAAUUGUAGAUCCUAUUAAAAAAAAAAAUUCUAAUAUUGUGACAAACAAAUUUCAAAAGAAAUAUCAAAAAAAAAUAUAUAGUAAGGAUAAACUGGAUAGUAAAAAAUAUGAUACAUUUAUAAACAAUUUUCCAAAAAAAUUUUAUAAAAAAAAUGGAAUAAAAAAAAAGACAAAUGUUAAAAAAAACGAAAUUUAUUAUAUGCUCCAAUCUUCGGAAAAGGCUAUAAAAUUUUUUAAAAAAAAUCCAACUUAUUUUAACGCAAAAAACAAGCUAACCAAAUAUCAAUAUAUUAUUAAACGGAUACUAAAAUAUGUUAUAAAUAUGUUUAGGGAUGUUUUAAAUAACACAGAUUUAAAUAUUCCAUAUAAAAAAAACUGUGAUGACCAAAAUAAUAUAUAUGAUAUCAUGCCUUAUGAACAAGAAAUAAAAUAUGAUCAUAUAAAUAUGAACACUUCCAACAAUAAUAAUAUAUUAUUUAAUCAUCAAAUUCGAAAAAAAAAUAAUAUAAAUGAAGAAAAUAAUUACAAUCCAUCAUUAUUGCAUACAGAUAAAUAUACACACAAAAAAAAGCAAGAUGUUACUAUUACUUCAGCACAAAAUAAUAUAACCAAGAUAACCCAUCCUGAUUCUGAUUCUAAAACUUUAUUUGACGUUGAAAAAAAUGCAAAGGAAAUAAAAAAAAUGGUAUGUACGAAUAGCCAUGAAAAUAAGUGCAAUAUAAAAAGAGAAGAAUGUGCCGAACAAUAUGUAGAAAAUAUGUAUAAUAGUGAUGCAAAUGAUAAUAGCGAGGAUAACAAAUAUAGAGAUAUACAUACAGAAAAAGAAGGAACAAAACGUACCCCCAUAAAAAAUGACGAAAUAAAAAGCGGCGAAAUUAGUCAUGAAAAGUGCAAAUCAGGAUAUCUAGAAAAUAUUGUGAAAAAUACGUCUAUAUUUCAUACAAAUGAUGAACAAGAAAUUGACAAAAUUUAUAAUAAUGUGAAUAUAAUAUAUUUCAAUAAGCAUAUAAAUGUGAUAGAAUAUUAUGAUAAAUAUAAAAUAAAAUGUAGUUGUGUAAAAGAUAUAAUACAUUUUAUAUAUUUAAAAUUCCAAGAUGAAAAUGAGUUGUAUAUUGAUGAAUAUAAUUCUUUAGAAAGUUUAUAUGUAAGUUCAAGAUUAAAAAUAUUAAAUAAUAAUUUAUUAAAAAUUUUCGACAAAUUCUCAAAAAAUUAUAUUCCUAAAUAUACAAAAAAUAUAUGCUUAUUAGCUAUAUAUAUAACAAAAUUAGAAGUAGACUUAUACCACUCCAUAUUUAACAAUAAUUUAAAUACAUCUAUAAAUAUUAUAUUGAAUAAUAUUGGGUUGGCUAUAUAUGAUAAUGUUAAUCAAACUAUUUACCAAUUAAAUAAUAUCAAAAUUAUUAGAAAAAUCAUUCAAAUACUAUAUUUAGAUAUUAUUGAAAUAUAUACAGAUAAUAUAUAUAAUAUAAUAAGAGAUUAUUUUAAAAAAUUGUCUAAUAUACUAAAAGAAAGAUUGCUAUAUAUUGUAGAAAUGCAUAUGUCAUACUAUACAAAAAAUAUUAAUUCAUAUAUUCCCUAUAUUUGUUUUAAACCCGUUAAGAAAAAAUUUAUUAAUAUAAUUAGCGAUUUUUUUGCGACAUCCUAUAGAGAUGGUAAUACUGGAAUAAAUAAAGAAACAGAAAUAAAUGAAAAUAUAAAAUAUGAAUAUAAAACAAGUCAAAAUAUAAGCACUAACAACGAUAAAGAAAAGGAAUUUCAAUUUGAAACAUCAUCUAGUGAUAGUGCAGGAAGUGGUGAUAAUAAUAAUUAUAUGGAACACACAUAUAAUAUAAAUAUGUUAAAUGAAAAAAAUGUGUAUAAAAAUUUUAAUUUUUCCAAUUUUCAAUUUAGUAAAGAUAGCACUUUACCAUUAGCAGGUAUAAAUGUUAAUAUAAUUGGAACUAUUUUAAUUUUAAAAACAUUGAAUUAUAUAAUAGAGCAAAAUAUAUUUAUGGAUAUUUUUAAAGAAUGCUUAAUAAAUUCAUUUAAUUCUUUAACACAUAUAUAUAAAGAAAACACAAAAAAUAAUGACGAUACCGGAAAAAAUGAUAAUAGUAGCAAUACUAUUAAUACUGAUUUAUUUUUUAUUAAAAAUUUGAGCUUUUUAAUUUAUUUAUUUUAUAAUGUGACUAACGAUACAGAUUAUUUUAAAUUAUAUCUAAAUCAAGAAUUAACACAUGAUUUACUAUAUCAACAAAUAAAUAAUAAAAUAAGGAAAGACAAAGAACCCCCCAAAAUACGAGAUAUCACCAAUCUAACACAAGGACAGGAAUAUUCUAUAUUUUAUUUUAUUAAAAAAGUUUAUAAUAUAUCUUCUACAGAUGAUAUUCAAUAUAAAAUAUUAUCAUCAUUUAAUCAGUCUAUGCAUAAUUUUUUCAUCACAACAAUUGCUCGAGUUUGUUUUCCACUGAUUAAUAUUCUGUCUGUUGAAUAUAAAGACAAAUUAUUGGAAAAGGAGGAGAGCAUAAAAAAUACGAUAGAAGAGUUUUUAAAUGGUAAAAAUGAGCAAGCUGAUGAUCAGGAUAAUGGAUCAUCUAAUUAUAUAAAAAUUGAUUUUAGUUAUUUAAAAAAUGUAAAUUUUGACUUAUUACAAAGCUAUGGUAAAAAAAUUGAAGAAGAAAAUGACGAAAAUGAAGAAAAUGAAAAAAAUGAUGAUAUAAAUAUUUUAAAAACAAACUUAGACUCAUUUAAAAAAGGUCUAUAUAAAUUAUUUCCUAAAAUAUAUUUUUAUGUUAAAUUGUUUAUUAUUUCAAAUGCGGAUAAUCAUUUCAAAGGAAAUCAAUUUUUUUACUCCCUUUUUAACUACAUCAUAGGAGUAUUGAAAUAUAAAAUUAUUUUUUUAUUAAGCGAAGUUUAUUUAUUAUUAGGGUAUAAAUAUCCUAAGUGCGUAAAACUAAUUUUUGAAGAAAAAUAUAUUGAAGAUAUUUUCCUUUUUUUAAAAUCAAAUGAUUAUUCUUGCAAUUUUGAGGAUAUACAAAAAUGCUACGAGUUAAAAAAAAGUUAUGAUAUCUUUUCUGAUUAG